UUGCGGCGUUUUGUCUGUAGUGUUCGCUGUUUCCAUUUCUAGCUCAGAAUUAACGAGGCUGGUCGUCUUUAGUGUCGAAUCUUCCAGAAUAUUUGCGACGGGCUCCGGUUUGCGUCUAACUGGCACCGCCCAUAACCCCAACUAACUUUUAGUAAUAGUUCCUCAUUGUUUAUUAGAUACAGCGGCUUAAUUAGAACACAGAGCAUUUAUUAAUGUCCAGUUUUAAAUGUUACAUUUCACAAAUGAACCUCAGCUACACUUAUUAAUGUUCAUCUAUUUAAACACGCGGUCAAGACGAUGACAUCAUAACAAUAAACACAAUUACAGCCACUUUAUUAAGGCCCAUCAAACGCACAUGAAUAUUAGGAUCAACUAAAAUACACAUUUGCUUUAGCACUACAGAAAAACAGCGAAUAGGAAGUAAUAAAACAACACAGCAAACUCUGUCGUGUGAAAUUGUGUUAAUUUUCCAGUGUAGAUGAUUUAGUGUUGGUGGGUGUUGAUGUCGGUGUUUUCUGAACACCAGCAGUGUUGAACCAGCUCUGGGGCGGCGCUCGAUAAACGAGUCCUUACACUUUCCACUGAGUUAUUCCUGCAUCCGGUUUUAUCGCGCCCAUUUUUCUGGAGGCAGGUGGAAGACCGAGCGUCUGUAGCGUUAAUCUGCUUAUUCAAAAGAUCAAUCCGCAUCAUCUUCCCUCACGGAUACCCUGUCACCUUCAAGUGACAAUGACCUCUUCAGUCGACACUCCAGAGACAGACCUGUUCAUAACUUCAGAGACGGGAACCCACCUACCACAGUGUUUUCUGAGGCUGAGGCUGCAAAAGAGAUGGUAGAAAAUGCCUUGGUUAUGAAACCUGGAGGUCAAGAUGUCCUUGAAGUGUACAAGUCAGAGAAAUCGCUGAAUCAUCGGACCCGGAGACAGCUUGUCAACAUAUUGGCCAGCCAUAUGACUGAGAUGCGUGGGAGGAUUCCAUCCCGUAAACAGAAGGAGAAGUAUGCCCUGGGGGUCAUUACACUCUUUCCUUCACUGAAGGAUCCUUUUUCUCCAAAGGGCUGUGAGCAUUUCUAUGAUGGCGAAAAGGGCACAGGAUAUUUAGCAUGGCGUAUGAAGACGAUGUCCAGGAAUAAAUCUCAACGACCAGUUAAGGCAACCACAGUGCCACAAGCACAAGGACCAAAUCGCAGAAGAUCAGGAGCAUCAGUGCCUGAGCAGCUUGAUGGAGAUGCCUGCCAGGAAGCUAUAUCAUUUCUUCUUCAUUGUCAUGAUGAACCAAGUGUGUUUAAGAAGAUGAAGAUGACAUUUGAACAUCGCCAGAACCUAGUGCAUGACCUCACAGAGAACCACAGAUGUCCUAAAAACAUUCCCACGUUUAUUAGAUGUCAAAGGACUACUGAAUCAAGACUUUGUGCUGCUGUUUGGUGAGGAAACAUCCUCCAGGUUACUUGAGAGGUGGGACACGACCUUCAAGCCGAAGGUUAUCGAAGAGUCCAAACACCUGACUAAGUCAACCGAGCUGCACCGACUUCUAAACGCUGCUGAGAAACAUGCAGAGGAUGAUGACACCAACUGGGACAGUGACAUGGCUUCUUUGCUGCUUCUUCUCCAUCUCUUGCCACCGACAGCAGGACGAAAGAGAAUCAACAUUAGUGCCAGUGAUGCAGAGGACAAAAUGGUGCACUUUCACAAGUCAUGCUGCAGCAUUGAUGAACAUCUGCGAGGAACAGAGGGUAAACAACCUUACAUCCUUGCUGUUGGCCGGGCUCAGAAGAGAAUCCACACAUUCUACAUCGUUGUGGACAAGCAGCUAAUCCCUUGCCAAGCCACCAGAUCCUUGGGUGCCUUUGAUGAGCUGUUCAAGUCUCACUACGUGUUCAGUCUUUCUUAUGAUGAGUUCCUGGUCCAUUUCUACACAUUUGUGCAGACAACAGUCUACAGCACUGACAUUACAACAACAGAUGAGUCUCCAAGAGUUCGUGAGUUUCGGGCAAAGCUUUUCAACUAGGUUAAAUGUUUAGAUGUUUAGAUGUGAUCAAAGCAGACAGUCUUGUAUAUUAUAAGCCCUUCGAUUUACAAAGGGCCUGUGGUGAAGAUGAAAGCCUAUAUAUUGUACCCAUGUUUUCUUUGUAACUGUGCUCAUGUUUCAGUUGUUCCCAAUCUACAUGGAGCUUGGGAGGUUUUUCUUUUGAAUAAAGAGUUCAAAAUUA